CGAACGGUGUUGCUGUUACUGCCUUGUAUCAUCAACUAGCACCAGCUUCGAUCGAGGAAAGCCGUAGAGAGCAGCGUCGUCGAAGAGAGGCCAAAUACAAAUACAAAUACAAACACAAAUACGAAACAUAGGCCCAAGCCCAAACGCAAGCGCAACCAAAGGCUCGAGAGCAAAAGAAAACCAAUCGAAAGCACUCAACAACCCCAAACUGUACACCAAAACAUCAUCUUUUUCUGACCAACAGAAAGAUACAUAUUGCAUAGUUUUUGCCGAAGGAASAGGAUCACUGCAGCGUCGCGUUCACCGUACUCCUAUCUAGUUCAGCAACGGGGAAAGACUAAAGACUACUACCAGUGGCACAACAGAACAGAACAGAACAGAACACAACAAAACACACCGACAAUACUUAUAAUUCACAAUGGGCAACCUGGACGAACAACUCGAACGGUUGCGAAACUGCCAGUGCCUCUCGGAGGACGAGGUGAAAGAAUUGUGCGACAAGGCCAAGGAAAUCCUGGCCGAGGAGUCCGAUGUCCUGGAGGUUUCGGCCCCCGUUACGGUACGUACUGUUUGUUCGUCCAAACGCUUGUGGGGUGUUAUGCAAUGUUAUGCGAUGCGAUAUUAUGCGAUGCAUCGCCGCCGGGGCCGACGGGCGCCGUUCCGGCCUCUGAGCGGCGCUGCCGGUCCGGGUGGUUGUUGUGUUGUGUUGUUGUGUGUUGUUGCCCCCCCGGAAGCUCGGCUCGGCUCGGCACGAACCGCAGCAGCCUCUGCGCUGCGCUGCGCCGAGAUUCGGUCCGCGUUGUCCGGCAUGGCAUCUUUGUGUUCACUGUUUGUCCGUCCGUCCGCAUCGAAAGCCCGCUGUCUCACGAAUCGCUGCUKCAACGCAACCCUGCUGCUGCACCUUUUUGGUUUCAUUCGGGUAACAUCUGCUGUUUCCACUCACUCCGUCGCAUACAUUGUUAUCGACACAACCCACCCCACCUCACCUACCUCACAAACCAAUUGCAUUGCAUUGCAUUGCGACACACCGGCUCCGCGCUACACUACAGAUCGUCGGUGACAUCCACGGKCAGUUCUACGAUCUCCUCGAGCUCUUCCGGGUCGGCGGAGAAUGCCCGGACGUCAACUACGUCUUUCUCGGGGACUUUGUCGACCGGGGGUACUAUUCGGUGGAGACCUGGCUCCUGCUCCUGGCCCUCAARGUCCGCUACCCCAAGCGCAUGACGCUCCUCCGGGGCAACCACGAGUCCCGCCAGAUCACCCAGGUCUACGGCUUUUAYGACGAGUGCCUCCGCAAGUACCAGUCCGUCAACGUCUGGAAGCACUGCACGGAGGUCUUUGACUACCUCAGCCUCUCGGCCGUCGUCGAGCRRAGCAUCUUCGCCGUCCACGCCGGACUCUCCCCCUCCAUCGACACGCUCGACCAGAUCCGCGACCUCGAGUCCCGCCAGGAGAUCCCCCACGAGGGGCCCAUCUGCGACCUGCUGUGGAGCGACCCCGAGGAGGUCAACGGCUGGGGGAUCUCCCCCCGCGGCGCCGGCUACCUCUUCGGGUCCGACAUUUGCUCCGAGUUCCACCGGCGGAACGGGACGGACCUCAUCGCCCGGGCCCACCAGCUGGUCAUGGAGGGCUACAAGACCAUGUUCGACAACCAGCUGGUCACGGUCUGGUCCGCCCCCAACUACUGCUACCGGUGCGGGAACGUGGCCUCGGUCAUGGAGGUGGAGGAACACUUUUCCGGCCGGGACAACRAUUCCGGCGAGGGAGGAAGCCUGGGCACCGGGAACUCCAUCACCGGGAACGGCGACGCCAUGGUCGGAAACGGCAUCACGAAGCGCUUCAACAUYUUCGACGCGGCCCCGCCGGACGCCAGGAGGGGCCCGAGCAAGGCCCGGCGGCCGGACUAUUUCUUGUAGGAUCGGGCGGGAAAGAAAAGCACGGAACGUGUGCCGUGCGGUGCAUCGCAACGCAACGCAACGCGAAUUUUUGAUCACUCGGAUGGAUUUGUCCCGAUGCGAUUCCAUUCGAUUCGAUUCGAUUCGAUUUGGUUAUGGAUGCGGUUCAACAAUCGCAACGAAUGCAUGGGAUUGGAUACAGUAUGCGAGUAUUCCUCCUCUCCAUUCACCGACUACGAAUACCUAUCGAACAAACUUAACAAAAUAAAACAGUAUCAAUCUAUGGGUGCCAUUCUAUUCUAUGAUGAUUCGUYAACACUAGCAGUACCGAGCAAAGGAUUUUCAAAGCUCGCGCACUUUUAUCGUAAGC